GAGCAGCGAUUGCAAAGUAAAAAGUAAAUACGCGUCUGUGCGGUGUUUAUUUCUAAUAAAUAUAAGUACAAAAUCGAAAAAAGCUUCGAUUAAAUCCUGAUAAGCCAUCAAAGCACAAACGCUUCAAGUUUCGAGAAAUUGGCAAAAACGAACCAAGUCACAAAGAGCAACGCACGGCGAGCAUACGAAAAACUCUAAAAAAAAAUCCGUGUAAAGUAAUCCGCUCAAAAGUAAAAAGACAAAAUGGACAGAGUCGACUCGAGCCGGUCUCAGGAAGAUGGUUUGGGCUAUGUACACAUCCAGGAUAUUCCAGCGCUGAAUCAGGAGCACUGCAAAAUGCUUGAUCCGCAGCGCGUGGAGCGCAUUAUCAACGAGUUUGUGUGCGGCGGUCCGGAGCGCAUGCAACUGGUUUCCGACUUCGACUAUACCAUUACCAAGCAACGCACUGACGACGGGUUGCCGGUGCUCUCGAGUUUUGGUAUCUUCAAUGAAUGCAAAUCCUUGCCACCAGUCUUCAAGACGGAGACUGACAAGCUCUUUCACAAAUAUCGGCCCAUCGAGAUAGAUCCACAUAUGCCAAAAGCGGAGAAGAUUCAGUACAUGAUUGAGUGGUGGACAAAAUCGGGCGAGCUGACCAGCGGCUUCCCCUUUGAUCAGUCCGAAAUAGAUCAGAUGGCCAGCAAAUUUAAGCAUGCGCUACGUGACCGAACGCAUGAGCUGUUCGAGACGCUGCUGCGACUGCAAAUACCUGUGCUGGUGUUCUCUGCCGGCCUGGGCAACUCGGUGGUGUCGGUGCUGCGACAGGCGAACAUCAUGUAUCCCAAUGUGAAAGUUAUCUCAAACUUUUUGCAGUACCGCGACGGUCUGUUGGCCGGCUUCCAGGAGCCGAUGAUACACACAUUCAACAAGAAUGAAACUGUGCUAAGUGGCAGCGAGUAUUAUGAUUUGGUCCACACACGUGAUCACAUCAUCGUCAUGGGUGAUUCCCUGGGCGAUGCGGACAUGGCUGCCGGUGUGCCCGCCUCCUCGCACAUUAUGAAAAUUGGCUUUCUCUUCGAUCACGUCGAGGCGAACAUGGAUAAAUACAUGAACACGUUCGACAUUGUGCUUGUCGAUGAUCAAACAAUGGAUGUGCCACGAGCGCUGCUCGCGCUCAUCGAGCAACGUCACCAGCUGCGCCAUCCCCACCUUGCGAACGGAUCCAGUGCACCCAAGGUGAACGCUGCACUUUAAAUUUAUUGGUUACCCGUAAACGAUUUGUGUUAAUUGAUUAUAAUAAAGAAAAACAGAAGCGACUAAUUAGAUGGUUUAGUUUUAAAACCUCCCUCAUGUUUCAUAUAUUUAUGUACAUACGUUUGUAUAUCAUAAUAAAAUGAUAUUUGUUUAGAAA